CUUUCCGUUAAUUGGAGAUAUCGCCGUCAAGACCUUGGGCGACCCUGCCUCGCGAUAGCCGAGAGCUUGCUGCUUGUCACUCGCCAUGGCGGCCUCAUCCUCGCUCUCUGCGACGCUCUCCCUCUUCCCUCUGUGCAACCCCUCCUCCUCGAUCAAACCCAGACACUCCCUCUCCUUCUCGCUCCAACGCUUGAAGCCUCCAAGCUCCAUCCGCUCCCGCGUGUCUUCGUCCAUAGUCGCCGCUGCCCCGGAGGCCCUACACUCGCCUCCCGAAACCCUAGAUGGAUAUGAGAGCUCCACAGGCUUCGAGGUCGAGGAGAAAUCCGAGGGUUCCGGUCCUUCGCCUCUAGCUGCUGGGGACGACGUGAAGUUAUUUUAUGGUGGUGGUUCACCUGUCCUGCUUAGAGGGCCGUUUACCCAGUUGCAUUCAUCCCCACAUGAAUUUUCAAGUGUUUCUCAAGAGAAGUUAAUAAUAAGGAACACUUUUGGAGAGAAUCUUGUGGGAAUUUUACAUGAAGCUGGUUCCACAGAACUUGUGAUCUUGUGCCAUGGAUUUCGAUCAUCGAAGGAAAGCAAAACCAUAUUGAAUUUGGCUGAUGCACUUACAGUUGAAAAUAUCAGUGUCUUGCGUUUUGAUUUUGCUGGAAAUGGGGAUAGUGAGGGGUCAUUUCAGUAUGGUAAUUAUUGGAGAGAAGUUGAAGAUUUGCGAGCGGUGAUUCUACAUUUUUUGAGGCAGAAGCGUGAAACAAGAGCUAUUGUUGGGCAUAGUAAAGGGGGAAAUGUGGUCCUUCUAUAUGCUUCUAAAUAUCAUGAUAUAUCAAAAAUAAUUAAUAUUUCUGGUCGCUUUUAUAUGGAAAGAGGCAUUGAAGAACGCUUAGGGAAGGAAUUUAUGCAUCGGAUAAAAGAGGAUGGGUUCAUUGAUGUGAGGGACAAAAUGGGGAGAAUUAUUUACCGUGUGACUGAAAAAAGUCUAAUGGAUCGCCUGAGAACUGAUAUGCAUAAUGCAUGCCUGUCAAUUGACCAAAACUGCGGGGUCUUGACAAUUCAUGGUUCAGAGGAUGAUAUUGUACCAUCUGAAGAUGCUCUAGAAUUUGCCAAGUUGAUAGCUAACCACAAAUUGCAUAUUAUAGAAGGAGCUGAUCAUAGAUAUCUGUCACACAAGUUUCAGUUAGCUAAUGUUUUGCUGGAAUUCAUAAGAUCUAACUAAUGGGUGGAUGUCUAUGUACAGGGCGUCCACAGAGCAUAGCAGGUUCAGGACCAUAUUUGUUUUUCAUGCUACAAUGUGGGAAAAAACAGAAAAUAUAAUUUUAAUUGUGAGCAGUAGAAAUUGUAUUGUUUUUCAGAUUGUCAGCCUUAAUUAUGCCUUGCUUGGGUGAUUUGCACC